UUCCUCGAGCGCAUCCUCUCGCCUCGAAGCGCGUAGUUGUGUCAGUGUAGCCGCGACGGCAGCCACAGUCAGUUGUCGAUACGGAAAACGCGCCGACUCGGGUGCACAGGGUUAGGUCUGGGUUAGGUCCGAACGAUCGAGGAAUUCGAGCGUUUUAUCGAGGUUCGAGGACCACGGUGACGCGCAGGAUAACGCGCGCAGGAACCUUUCGAUCGGUGAUCUCGAGUGUGUAACAGUGACGGGGGUGAUCCUUUUCGGGGGGUUGGACAGGUGUAGUGUCGCAACCGGUGAACGGACACGUGCCCUGCUCUACGUACGCUCCUCUGACGGGUUACACACGGAGGAUCUCGAGUGUCGGUUUCUCGUCAGGUGUUCCGGAGGAUGGGGCCCGCGGAGGAGAGGAGCUGAGGAUUUAUAGCGACGCCUGAAAUAACUGGAAUGCGCGCGCGGUGAAUCAGCAUCCUCCGCGAGUGAAUUUCCCUGACAGAGGCCACGCGAUCCCGGGUUUCGACGUUGUGGAUAUUUCUUUUAUUUCCGUGUGCCCGUGCGUCGACCUAGCUGCCUACGGGUUGGUACCAGCGGUGAUCGAUCCCGCCCUCCUGCGCGCCCGCGGCGAGGGAUUGAGAAAAGCCAGAGCCGCCAGAAACCCGCGCGCGGUGGAAAGGGGCCUCCUCGAGACGUCCAAGAGCUUUUCUCGGAAAGGAGAUCGCGACUGAAUGUCACUCAUGCCGCGCCACUAGCUGCCACGGGUACCUGUCGUCGAAGAUGGCGAUCGCCAAAUGUCUCAUCGUUGGGGUGUUCCUGAUCCUGCAGAUCGAUCGAACUACCCAAGGACAGCUGGUUCGAUUAGAUCUGAAUCAUCCCGACGUCGUGGUGGUGCCGGUCGGUGAGAAGCUCACCUUGCGAUGCUCGUCAAACUCCAACGGAGAUACGACCUGGUACAAGGACGACGAAAUAUUCCGGCCGUCAACGCCCAGAAUACGGCUGAUGAAGCAGUCCCUGAGGUUCAAGUACGUCGCACCCGAAGACGCGAGCCUGUACGGUUGUCGCGUCGAAUCGAACACGACCAUAGAAUGGAGGAACGUGACGAUACGAAUCGACUCGUUGCAAAACGACGGCUACCAGCACGAGGUCGACAAACUGGGAAGUACCCUCGGUGCUCAUCGAGCCGAGGAAGAAACGAACGAACUGGAAAUCGAAGCCAGAAACUUGCCAGAGACCCGAUCGCUGCACUUGGAGAGCGACGCCGCGGACAACGACGCCGACAACGAAAAGAGCGACAACGAAACAGCUGGCGAGCACAACAACACGGCCCCGGACGGAGCUCCCUCGUUCAACAAGAGCAUCGAGAUGCCAAACGUGGUCGUGAAACCGGCAGGGAACAUGCUGCGCCUGAGGUGUCCCAGUCUCGGCAAUCCAAGGCCGAACAUCACCUGGCUGAAGAACAACGAGGAGCCGAAAAGAAUGCUCGGGACGUACCUCGUCAGCAAGUGGACGUUCAGAGUGGAGGAUCUCGUGCCCGAAGACAGCGGGAAUUACACCUGCGUGGUGUGCAAUUACUUGGGUUGCAUCAAUCGCACCACCAAGGUCGAGAUCGUCGAGAGCGUGAAACACCGACCGAUACUGACCAGAGCGCCGAGAAACGCCACCGUCCUGAUCGGAACCAACGCAACGAUGACCUGCGAGGUGCUCUCGGACGCGCAUCGUCACCUCGAAUGGUAUCACGGUUAUCACACUUCUUUCGACACUGUCAACAAAACCAAUCACAGUUUCCGGGUGGAGGUCAAGGAUGGCAGGGACGUGCCCAAUCCAGAAGUGUUGGAAUUAUACAACGUGACCGAGAAGGACGAGGGAUGGUACACCUGCAUCGCCCAGAACACCCUGGGUGAAACGUUCAGCAGCGCCUAUCUUCGAGUGGUAGAAUCUCUGGAAGAUCCCAGGGUGCCGAUUCCAGCGAAACCACAGAUCCUGGUGAACGUUUUGGCCGCGGUGCUGUUCAUCUUCUUCGCCGUGGGCGUGGUGGUGGUCAUCUACAUCUUCCAUCGGCUGAAGCGGGAGAAGAUGAAGAAGCUGCUGGCGAUCGAGACCGCGAGGGCCGCGGUAGUGACGCAAUGGACGAAGAAGGUGAUCGUCGAAAAGCAGAACCUGGUGAACGCGCAGAACGUGCAGGAACCGUUGCUGAUGCCCGUGGUGAAGAUCGAGAAGCAAAAGUCGACCGUGGCGGCGGAGGACAGCAACGGUGGGAGCAUAUCCGAGUACGAGCUUCCCGUGGACAGCGCCUGGGAGCUGCCCAGGGAGCAUUUGUCUCUUGGGAAUACCCUGGGCGAAGGGGCGUUUGGCAAAGUCAUCAGGGCGCAGACCAACACUGGGAAACCUGGAAUUCCCAGCGUGGUGGCGGUGAAGAUGUUGAAAGAGGGUCACACGGACGCGGAGAUGAUGGACUUGGUGUCCGAGAUGGAGAUGAUGAAGAUGAUAGGCAAGCACGUGAACAUUAUCAACCUCUUGGGCGCCUGUACUCAAGGUGGACCUCUUUAUGUCGUUGUGGAGUUCGCUCCGCAUGGAAAUCUGAGGGAUUUCCUUCGAGACCACAGACCGUCCUCCGGAUACGAGCCAACGAUUGGCCAGGAGCCCAAGGAGAAAAAGACCCUGACGCAGAAGGAUCUGGUGUCGUUCGCGUACCAAGUGGCCAGGGGGAUGGAGUACUUGGCGAGCAGAAGAUGCAUCCACAGGGAUCUGGCCGCCAGGAACGUGCUCGUCAGCGACGAAUACGUCCUGAAAAUCGCUGACUUCGGUCUUGCCAGGGACAUUCACUGCCACGACUACUACAGGAAAACCACAGACGGACGACUGCCUGUUAAGUGGAUGGCGCCUGAGGCUCUGUUCCAUCGGGUGUACACCACUCAGUCCGACGUAUGGUCGUACGGAAUUCUGUUGUGGGAGAUCAUGACACUGGGUGGCACGCCCUAUCCAUCCGUACCAUCCGUGGAGAAGUUGUUCCAGUUGCUGAGAACUGGUCAUCGAAUGGAAAAGCCACCGUGUUGCUCCAUCGAAAUAUACAUGCUGAUGAGGGACUGCUGGAGCUAUCAGCCUAACGAGAGGCCGAUGUUCGGGGAGCUGGUCGAAGAUCUUGAUAGGAUACUAACGAUCACUGCGAACGAGGAAUACCUGGACCUCGGUCUUCCUCAGCUGGACACACCGCCGUCCAGCCAGGAGUCUAGCGACGCGUCUGACGACGAGGGCGAGGAGAAGUUCCCUUACUUGCUGUGAACCGAAACCCCGAGGAAUAUUGGUCUUCGCCGAUGAACGUGUACGAUUCAUAUCAGAACACGAACGCCCAGGAGGAACGACGAACGAAAACGAGGAAGAGGCGAUCGAGGAACGAAGAAAUGGAACGCUGGUGUACGGAGGUGGAUCGACUGACCCAGCGAGCACGCCAAAUAAUAUAAAUCAGUAUUGACCUGUUAGCGCGUAUUCUCUAGAGUUAAGGUACAAAGGCGAUGAAAAUACCUGUCGAUUGGAAAGCGACUCCGGAGGAGUUCGAAAAGACCGAUUUCGUCAACGAGAAGACACUGUAUUUAUUUCCCUGUGUCGUUGAUACCCUGGGGACCCGAGGUUCGAAACAAUGCGAUCGUCGUCGAUUGUAAGGACCAGGCUUGUUUAACGCGUUGACCAAUGGAGCAUUUUUCCAGGAGUUCGUUAAGUGGUACUGAACCAUGCUCUCGAGAACGAGGCGAGCUUUAGCCCUUUGCACUCCGAACUUUCUGAUUUCAGUACAUUUUUUCCGAGCCUCUUAUAUUGGCCCAAUCGGACAGGCCUGGUUCAGACGAUCCCUCAGUAUUGGAACGUUAUUGUUCCCGGAUAUUUUUGUACGUUUCUCAGGUUUCGUGGCUUGUUCGAUCAGCAACGAACGCCUCGACGAGGUGUGGAAGUGUCCUUUUUAAUGUCGUCCAAUUUUUGUACAUGUUAUCACCGUGCCAUUGAUAAGUGCCUUGGGGAGAAGUGAACGGGGAGCUCCGUGUCAGGGCUUUGUUGUAAAAAGGGAGAGGGGGUGUGUGUGUAUGUGUGGAGGAAACGGGACGAAUUUAUCUCGAUACAAACGUGUUUAUAACUAGUCAAUUGAUGAAACCUUGUACGUUUCACUGUAACAUAGUUAAACGAUAAAUAUGUAUAAACUGUUGGUAGUAAAUGCCUAUCAAACGAUAAAAAUAAUGCAUACUUUCAGUCCUGGAGCAUUUAUUCGAAGGAUCAGUUUGAAGAAAUCCUCGAGGGCGAGAAAUAUUUAUUAUUUUUAUAGGUGAGUGUAUAUGUUGGCGUUUCUCGUGUGAACGCACUCGAGUGGACAACGACCGCGAGUUUCGCAUCCGCGUAUUUUCUAAGCUUAUUUCUGUCUCUGUAAGAAGAGGAUACCGUUAGAUUGUAAGAGAGAUCGCGAGCCACGGUUUCGUCUGAUUCUUAUUUUUGAACAUUAAAAUACGAAUUCCGAUCUAUAAAUACAACUGAAUCUAAAUUUACAAUACUACACCAGUGGGAUUUCUGCGCAAAAUUGAAAGUAAUUAAUAGAUUGGCGAGACGUGUUAUGUAUAUAUAGGGUAAAGAUUGAAUAAAAAUAAAGAAACUCGGGCAGGUAACGACGCUGAUGGCUCCGUUUCGAUGCUCCAACGACACGCGCGCUCGUUGGCGAUGAAGAACAUAUUUAUGUACAGUAUGGACCGCGAAAAUUCUGUCCCGUGUGGGCGGAGCCUGUCUGGGCGGGGUCAGGAGGCGUUCCCGUCGCAGUUGCUCCUCCCACAAGAACAAAACUUUCGUGCUUCCAAAAUAUAUAAAAUUCGAAUAACGCGUAAUUUCGUACCGACACAACGAGAGCAUUUUGCACGCGAACAAAAACCGAUCACAUAUCGUCCACGUUGAUGUACAAGCAACGGAUGUAUAAAUGGUGCAUGCGAGAGAGGUGCUUAGCGGUAGAUAAUUUAUUUUCUGUAUAUUGUUACUUAGGCCGUACCUCUAGGAUCCCAUUUCUUUUGUAUACUUUCAGAUCUAGCGACUCUAAGCGAUUAUGUAAAAUAUGUGCGAUACGACGAUCGAGGAAGAGUAUAUAAAGCAAAAAAAAAAAUAUAUAUAUAUAUCUCGUCGACCGGAGAUUUUUGUAUAUAGCACCCCCCGACUUGUUUAUUUAAAAGUUUCAUUUUCUUUUCUUUUUUGUUACCCAGCACCUAAAGGUAGCCAGUAAACCAGCAUUUACCAAGGUAGAAUGUAUGUAUAGUUUCUGCGUAAAUAUUGGAUUAUUAUUGUAACGUGAGUUUCGUCUCGAAUAAAUCAUUCGAACCCA